AUGGCGGCGUCGGACAUGGAAGCGCCGGCGCACGCACCGUCGUUGGUGCCCGCUGAUCAGGAGGAGCCCGCGCCCGCGGUGACGGCGGUGGCGGGGGCGAACGAGGAGGCACAGCCGGCCGCGGCGGCGGUGCCCGCGCUGUACGUGGGGGAUCUGCACGAGGACGUGGCGGAGGACCACCUGUUCGACGCCUUCAGCAAGAUCGGCACGGUCACGUCGGUGCGCAUCUGCCGCGACAACGCCACCAACAGAUCGCUCAGAUACGGAUAUGUUAAUUAUUUCUCCAGGGCCGACGCUACUUCUGCUCUAGAAAGGCUCAAUCACAGCUUAGUCUUGGAUCAACCAAUAAGAGUCAUGUGGUCGAAUAGAGAUCCUGAUGCUAGAAGGAGUGGCAUUGGGAACAUAUUUGUCAAGAACCUUAGUGAUUCCGUCGACAAUGCUAGCCUUCAAGAAUUAUUCUCCAAAUUUGGAGAUGUAUUAUCUUGUAAAGUUGCCAGAAACGAGGACGGAACUAGCAGAGGCUAUGGUUUUGUUCAAUUUACAUCACAAGAACCAGCAGACGCGGCAAUUGAGAACCUCAACAACUCCCUUUUUGGUGAUAGGCAGCUGCAUGUUGCUACUUUCAUUAGGAAAAGUGAGCGAUCUCCCAAUAAUGAUGACAAGUAUACUAAUUUAUAUAUGAAGAAUGUGGAUGAUGACAUAACAGAGGAACUUAUUAAGUUGAAGUUCUCACAGUUUGGUUCGAUAGUUAGUGUGAAGAUUAUGAGGAGAGACGAUGGGUCAUCUCGGGGUUUUGGAUUCGUCAGUUUCAAAACCCCAGAGAGUGCCAAGAAAGCAACAGAGGCGAUGAAUGGGCUGCCACUUGGAUCAAAAACCUUAUAUGUGGGGAGGGCUCAAAAGAAGGAGGAGCGGAAGCAAUAUUUACAGCACUUACACGAGCAGAAGAGAAAUGAAAGAAUAACUAAGAGCAAUGGAUCAAAUGUCUAUAUAAAAAACAUUCACGACAAAGCUGACGAUAGUGCCCUUCGUGCACGUUUUGAGGAAUUUGGUAACAUCACGUCAGCAAAGGUCAUGCGUGACGAUAAGGGCAUUAGCAGAGGGUUUGGGUUCGUAUGUUACAGCACCCCAGAGGAGGCAAAGAGUGCUGUAAGCAGCAUGCGUGGUGUUAUGUUUUAUGGAAAACCAUUGUAUGUUGCUCUUUUCCAAAGGAAAGAGGAUAGAAGGGCCAUACUGCAACAACAUUUUGCCCAGCUUGCUAGAAUGGUUGGACCUGCAAACCCAAUUAUCACCACUGGAUAUCCACAUGUUUACUUCGCCCAUCCAAGUACACAGCUCCCCCAAGGCCCUCCAAGCCAUGGAUUUGUGUAUCCACCCAUGGGACUCGGUCAUGAAUGGAGACCAAAUAUGUUUCCCUCACCACCUAAUCUACAACAAAUACAUUCACCUGUGAUGCCGAAUUCGCCAAGGCAUUACAGAAGCAACAGGGGAAGGAUGGGUGGGAAUAUGAUGCCUCUUCCCCAUGCUGUCCAUACUGUUAACUAUGUCGCACAUGCACAACCAGCUAAAGAUUUCAUGUCCAUGCCCCGACAGCGAUUCAGCCAUCCAAAGUACUUCUCGAAUAAUGUUAUGGCCAACAGCUUGGCCAUCCAUCACGGUGACCCUGUUUCAUCGAUGAAUGAUGCCUUCAACAGCUUGCUGGCUUCUGCUCCACCUGACCAGCAAAAGAACAUGCUCGGCAAUAAGCUCUAUCCACUUGUUGAGAGACACCAGCCUGAACUUGCCAGCAAAAUCACUGGGAUGUUGCUUGAGCUGGACAACUCCGAAGUGAUCGCGUUGCUUUGCUCGUCGGAGAUGUUGUCGGCCAAGGUAGACGAGUGCAUGCAUCUGCUCCAGGCAACGAAGACCAAGUCGGAGGAUCAGGAGGCGCUGCACCCAGGCUUCCUGCUGGACUCUGCUAGUGUAGACGCCAGCUAAGAUUUUGUUGCCGA